CCUAUAAAUUACAGAUCAUUUUUUUUAAAAAAAUGGCAGAUGAAACAAAUACUAAUGACAAUAAUAAAAGACCUCAUGAAGAAAGUCCAUCAGUAGAGCAGGAGCAAGAAUCUGAUGAGGACAUUGGACCUGUUUUACCUCCUGGUCCUAAUGAAGAAACUCCCAGAAAGAAAAAAAGAACUUUGGCACAUGAGAAACUUUACUUAGAACACUUACCCAAUGCCGACAUGUACGAAAAGAGUUACAUGCAUCGUGAUGUUCUUAACCAAGUAGCCGUUACAAAAAAUGAUUUUAUUAUAACAACUUCUGUGGAUGGUCAUUUAAAAUUUUGGAAAAAGACAGGCACGGGUAUUGAGUUUGUUAAACAUUACAAAUCUCAUUUAUCAAGCAUUGUCGACAUUAGUUUAUCUGCUGAUCAUGAAUUAUUGGCAACCAUUUCAGAUGAUAUGUCAUUAAAAGUUUAUGAUAUCACUAACUUUGAUAUGAUUAACAUGAUCAAGUUGAAAUAUAAACCAAAAACAUGUUGUUGGAUUCAUCAAAAGGGACAAGCGCAAGCACUAGUUGCCGUCUCUGAGACAGAAAAUUCAAAUAUUCACAUUUAUGACGGUCGUGCAGAUGGGAAGCCUCUUCACACAUUAUCUAAAAUGCAUUCAAAACCUGUUCAUAUUAUUGAAUUUAAUUCACGCUUUAAUACAGUUAUAUCAGUUGACACGGUAGGUAUGAUCGAAUAUUGGUCACCAGAAGAACCUUUUGCUUUGCCCGACUAUCUUGGUUUUGAACUAAAGUCGCAAACUAGCUUAUAUGAAUUCCGAAAGAAAAAAUCUGUUCCUACUUGUUUAACCUUUUCACCUGAUGGAACAAGUUUUGCCACUAUGAGCUUUCCAGAUCGUCAAGUCCGAUUAUUCAAAUUUUUAACAGGGAAAUUAUAUAGAGAAUAUGAUGAGAGUUUGCAAGUCAUUAGUGAAAUGCAACAAGCUGGUACAAGUAUUUAUAAGUUAGAUGAUAUGGAAUUUGGUAGACGAUUGGCUAUAGAAAAGGAAUUAGAAAAAUCGAAUCAAGCUAAAUAUGUAAAUGCCAUAUUUGAUGAGACUGGAAAUUUUAUUAUUUAUGGUUCAUUACUGGGUAUUAAAGUUGUAAAUAUUAGAACAAAUAAGGUAGCACGCUUGAUUGGUAAAUCAGAAUCAAAUAGAUUUGUUAAUCUUAGUUUGUAUCAAGGUGCACCGAAGAAGAAGGGAAUUUAUACUUUGGCUAUGGCUGCAUCAGAUAAUGCCGUACUUAAAGAAAGUCAAGAACUAGAUCCAACCUUAUUUUGUACAGCCUUCAGUAAAAAUAGAUUCUACAUGUUAACACGUAGAGAACCAUUUGAUAAUUCUCAAAAGGGAGAACGUGAUGUGUUUAACGAAAAACCCUCUCGAGAAGAGCAAACAGUUGCUGCCACACAAGAACGUAAACAAGUCCUUGGUACCUCUGCCAUCAUUCGAACCACUUCUGGUGAUAUUCACAUUCGUCUCUUCCCUGAUGCCGCUCCUAAGGCUGUCGAAAACUUUGUAACACAUUCUAAAAAUGGUUAUUAUGAUAAUUUAAUCUUCCAUCGUAUUAUUAAAGGUUUUAUGAUUCAGACAGGUUGUCCCUUUGGUGAUGGUACAGGAGGUGAAUCCAUUUGGGGAGAUGACUUUGAAGAUGAAUUUUCGAGAGAAUAUAAACAUGAUCGACCCUACACAGUGAGUAUGGCGAAUGCAGGACCUAAUACGAAUGGAAGUCAAUUCUUUAUUACAGUUGCACCUACGCCUUGGUUGGAUAACAAACAUUCGGUAUUUGGUAGAGUUACAGCUGGUAUGGAUGUAGUUCAUAGUAUAGAAAAUGCAAAAGUAGAUAAAUCAGAUAAACCUUAUGAAGAUAUUAAAAUUAUCAACAUAGAAAUUCGAUAAAAAAAAAAAAAGAGAGAGAGAGAAAAUAAAUAAAAAAUUUAUCAUGUUUAUUAUUCAUCAUUUUC